CCUCAUUAUAAAUUCACUCUAAACUCCAUUCCUUAAACCUCCAUUACAAAAACAAAAAUGGUUCUUCAUUCCCUAAUCAAUUUUCUCAAUCUCUUUAAUAGCUUUGCAAGAAAAUAUAUACUUUUCAGUUUCAUCUCUUCAUCAUCGAUGGCAUCAGAAACCGGGAAAAAGAGAGUUGUUGUUGUUGGUGGUGGACUUGCUGGUGCACUGGCUGCAAAAUCUCUUCAAUCUGCUGCUGAUGUUGUUCUCGUAGAUCCUAAGGAGUAUUUUGAAAUUACAUGGGCGGGCAUGAGAGCAAAAAUUGAGCCAUCAGUUGCGGACAGAAUGGUGAUAAAGCACAAGGAUUACUUCACAGAUGGGCGUCUUGCAAUGUCUUCGGCUGUUGGUGUCACAGACACAGAAGUAUUAACUGCUGAUGGAGAGUCGAUACCAUAUGACUACCUUGUCAUUGCUACUGGUCAUAAUGAUUCGUUCCCCAAGACCAAAAGCGAGAGGGUUGAACAAUAUCAAGCAGAGUACAACAAGAUAGAGUCAGCAGAUUCAAUUUUAAUCAUUGGGGGAGGGCCAAGUGGAGUUGAACUUGCCGGGGAGCUUGCUGUUGAUUUUCCCGGCAAGAAAGUGACUUUGGUUCAUAGUAGGGAGAGGUUGUUAGAUUUCGUCGGACCAAAGGCUUCUAAGAAGGCUUUAGAUUGGUUAACCUCAAGGAAGGUUGAAGUAAUUUUGGGUCAGUCGGUUGAUUUGAAGUCUCAUUCAGAUGGAGAUAAAAUGUUCAAAACAUCAAAUGGAGAAACAAUUAUAGCAGACAUCCACUUCUUUUGUGUGGGAAGGCCGUUAGGUUCAUCGUGGAUGAAAGAUUCGGUACUUAAAGAGGCUAUAGAUGCUCAAGGAAGGGUGAUGGUAGAUGAACACCUAAGGGUGAAGGGUCGCGAGAAUGUCUUUGCUAUUGGAGAUAUUACUGACAUUCCGGAAAUGAAACAAGGGUACCUGGCACAGAAUCAUGCUGUAUUGGUAGCUAAGAACGUGAAGUUGUUGAUGGAGGGAGGAAAAGAAAGUAAGUUGAGAAGGUACGAAGCUGGUUCAGACAUGGCAAUUAUUUCCUUGGGUAGAAGAGAGGCUUUGGCUCAGUUCCCUUUUGCCACUCUUAUUGGAUGGUUUCCUGGAUUAAUCAAAUCCAAGGAUCUGUUCAUUGGGAAGACAAGGAAGACUAUGGGGGUUUAAUCCACAUAAGAUAUUUUCGGUAGAUUAGGAGAUUAGUUCAUGUUUGUCUGUAGCCUUUGCAUUUUAUUAGGUAUCUUGAGUAUAGUUUGAUCAUUUCUAUUUUAAAUUUCCAGUCGGGCUUGAAAUGGGAGUUUUUUUUUUUUUUUUUUUUAAAGCAUUGAAAUGGGAGUUGUUUGUGGUAUUGUGGUUGCAUAAGUGAGGUUAUAUAUAUAUAUUAUAUAUAUAUAUAUUUAAUCAGUGUUUUUGUUGAAUUGAUGGCAUUCACAAGUGUUUUUGUGAUAAACUUAAAAAACACCUAAGCGAUUAGUUCACUAAAUCUAAUAGGUUACCAAUUUGUUUGGGAGGUACUCCAAAAUUAGACAAAACAUCCUUCACCAUUUGAUUGGUACACCAUCAAA